AGUGUGCAGCACCGCCAGAGCUCUGCUGCUGCAGCCAUGGCUGAGGGGGGUGACGGAGAAGAUGAGAUUCAGUUUUUAAGAACUGAUGAUGAAGUGGUGCUCCAGUGUGUGGCUACAAUUCAGAAGGAGAAUCGUAAAUUCUGCCUCUCUGCAGAGGGACUUGGAAACAGGCUUUGUUAUCUGGAGCCCACCUCAGAAGCUAAGUAUGUACCUCCUGACCUGUGCAUCUGUAACUUUGUGCUGGAGCAGUCACUUUCAGUCCGAGCCCUGCAGGAGAUGCUGGCUAACACAGGGGAAAAUGGAGAAGGCGCGAGUCAGGGGGGCGGACACCGGACACUGCUCUACGGUCACGCUAUCCUACUGAGGCAUUCGUUUAGUGGAAUGUAUCUGGCCUGUCUAAAGACUUCAAGGUCUCUGACUGACAAGCUGUCGUUUGAUGUUGGUUUACAAGAAGAGUCAACAGGUGAGGCUUGUUGGUGGACGAUUCAUCCAGCCUCGAAACAGAGAUCAGAGGGUGAGAAGGUCCGCAUCGGUGAUGAUCUCAUCUUAGUCAGCGUUUCAUCAGAAAGAUUUCUCCACUUGUCCAUCUCCAAUGGAAAUAUUCAAGUAGAUGCUUCUUUUAUUCAAACACUGUGGAAUGUCCAGCCUACCUGUUCUGGCAGCAAUGUAGCAGUGGGUUAUUUACUGGGGGGACACGUGAUCCGCUUGUUCCAUGGACAUGAUGAGAGUCUGACCAUACCUGGAGCUGAACAGUCUCAGGAGCAGCAGAGGCUGGUGAACUAUGAGACUGGGAAAGGAGGCUCCAGGGCGAGAUCACUGUGGAGGGUGGAGCCGCUCAGGAUCAGCUGGAGUGGAAGCCAUAUUCGGUGGGGUCAGCCCUUCCGCCUGCGCCAUCUUUCCACUGGCCACUACCUGGGUCAAACAGAAGAACGUGGCCUGGUGCUGCUGGACAGUGUGAAGUCAGACACCACCGCCACUGCGUUCUGCUUCAGGCCCAGCAAGGAGAAAGUGGAGACUGGUCCAAAGCGGGACAUUGAUGGCAUGGGGGUGGCAGAGAUCAAGUAUGGAGACUCGGUCUGCUUCAUCAUGCAUGUGGCCACAGGGUUGUGGCUGUCCUACCAAAGUCCUGAUGCUAAAUCCUCCCGUCUUGGGCCACUCAAGAGAAGGGCCUUCCUGUCUCCAGAGGGGCAUAUGGAUGAUGGACUGAUCCUGCAGCUCUGCCAGCAUGAGGAGUCCAGAGCAGCUCGCAUCAUUCGCAACACCACACUUCUUUUCACCCAGUUUAUCAGAGGGCUGGAUGAGCUGAAGGGGGAAAAAGCUUCGGAGGUGACCCUGCCUGUAGUAGAAGUGCUGCAGACCCUGAACGACCUCAUCACGUACUUCCAGCAGCCUGAUUCGGAGUUAGAGCACGAGGAGAAGCAAAUGCAGCUCCGCUCGCUCAUCAAACGCCAAGACCUCUUCAAAGAGGAGGGAAUGCUUACCCUGGUGUCCAUAUGCAUCGAUCGGCUCAACAUGUACAACAGUGCGGCGGAGUUUGAGGAGUUUGCAGGAGAGGAGGCUGGUGAAGCCUGGAAGGACAUUCUGAACCUCCUCUACGAGCUGCUUGCUGCCCUGAUUCGAGGAAACAGACCCAACUGUACACAGUUUUCCCACAAACUGGACUGGCUGGUCAGCAAGCUGGAGCGCCUGGAGUCCUCCUCAGGCAUUCUUGAGGCGCUGCACUGUAUCUUAACGGAGAGUCCCGAGGCGCUGAACAUCAUACGGAAAGACCACAUCAGAUCCAUCAUCUCCCUCCUGUACAAGCAUGGACGCAACCACAAGAUCCUGGAUAUUCUCUGCUCUCUUUGUGUCUGUAAUGGAGUGGCAGUGCGAGCCAAUCAGAACAUCAUCUGUGACCACCUGCUGCCCAGGAGGGACCUGCUGCUCCAAACAAAACUGGUCAACGAUGUGCAAAGCAUGAGACCGAACAUCUUUCUCGGUGUGAGUGAGGGCUCGGCUCAGUAUAAGAAGUGGUACUUUGAGCUGAUGAUUGAUCAGGUGGACCACUUUGUGAUGAGCGAAUCAACCCAUCUUCGAGUUGGUUGGGCUUCUACUAAAGGAUAUGCCCCGUACCCUGGAGGUGGAGAGGGCUGGGGAGGCAAUGGAGUGGGUGACGAUCUCUACUCCUAUGCCUUUGAUGGCCUUCAUUUGUGGUCAGGGCGAAUCCCGCGGGCUGUGGCCUCCAUUAACCAGCACUUGCUGAACUCAGAAGAUGUGGUAAGCUGCUGCCUGGACCUCGGUGCCCCCAGCAUGUCGUUUCGCAUUAACGGGCAGCCAGUGCAGGGAAUGUUCGAGGAUUUCAACACGGACGGCUUCUUCUUCCCCGUCGUCAGCUUCUCUGCAGGGGUCAAGGUCCGUUUCCUGUUGGGAGGUCGCCAUGGCGACUUUAAGUUCCUGCCCCCCACAGGUUAUGCACCUUGUUAUGAGGCGUUGCUUCCCAAAGAGAAGAUGCGUGUGGAACCAGUUAAGGAGUAUAAGAGAGAUUUGGAAGGAGUGAGGGACUUACUGGGUACCACUCAGUUCCUGUCCCAGGCUUCAUUUAUCCCUGUUCCUGUCACUACCAGCCAGAUUGUCCUUCCUCCACACCUGGAAAAUGUGCGUGACAAACUAGCAGAGAACAUUCACGAGCUCUGGGGUAUGAACAAAAUUGAACUUGGCUGGACCUACGGCAAGGUACGAGAUGACAAUAAGAGGCAGCAUCCGUGUUUGGUUGACUUUGCCAAGUUGCCUGAAACUGAAAAAAAUUAUAACUUGCAGAUGUCAACUGAGACCUUAAAGACUUUACUAGCUUUGGGAUGCCAUGUUGUACAAACCAACGUUAAUGCUGAAGAUGAUCUGAAGAAAAUCAAGCUUCCUAAGGACUAUGUGAUGUCAAAUGGUUAUAAGCCCUCGCCACUAGAGAUUUCUGAUGUCAAACUCACACCUGGUCAAGAGGCUCUGGUUGAUAAACUAGCUGAAAAUGCUCAUAAUGUUUGGGCCAAAGAUCGCAUCAAGCAAGGAUGGACCUAUGGUAUUCAGCAGGAUUUGAAGAGCAGGCGUAAUCCUCGUCUGGUGCCGUAUUCUUUGUUGGAUGAACGCACAAAGAAGUCCAACAGAGACAGUCUUCGAGAGGCCAUCCGAACACUGAUUGGAUAUGGAUACAACAUUGAGCCCCCUGACCAAGAGUCCAUCCAUGUGGUUGAGAAGCACACAGUUGAAAACAUUCGCUUCUUCCGCGUUGAGAAGACCUACGCAGUGAAGUCGGGGAAGUGGUAUUUUGAGUUUGAGGCUGUGACGGGAGGAGAAAUGUGCGUGGGCUGGGCUCGUCCCAACUGUAGACCUGACAUUGAACUGGGUAUGGAUGAUUUGGCCUACGUCUUUGACGGCUACCGGGGUCGCCGGGUACACAUGGGGAGUCACUUCUUUGGGAGAACAUGGAACAAAGGUGAUGUGGUUGGGUGCAUGAUAAACAUGGAGGAUAAGUCCAUGAUUUUCACCCUGAAUGGAGAAAUUCUUAUAACCAACAACGGCUCUGAACUCUGCUUCACUGACUUUGAGACUGAAGAUGGGUUCAUCCCCGUCUGUAGCCUGGGUCUCUCCCAGAUUGGUCGUAUGAACCUUGGCAAGAAUGCCAGCACCUUCAAGUACUACACCAUGUGUGGCCUACAGGAGGGCUUCGAACCUUUCGCUGUAAACAUGAACCGCGAGGUCACCAUGUGGUUCAGCAAACGGCUUCCUACUUUCGUCAACGUGCCUGCUAAACACGAGCACAUCGAGGUGACAAGAAUUGAUGGUACUGUGGACACUCCACCGUGUCUGAAGGUGACCCAUAAGACCUUCGGAACACAAGCUAGCAACAACGAUAUGAUUUACUGCCGCUUGAGCAUGCCUGUGGAGUUCUGCCCUGGUCCCAGGAAAAUCACAGAUAUCAACGAGGUGAUAGCAGAUGAUCAAAGAGCCAAAAAAGAUGAUGGUGGGAAGAUUGAUUACGGAUCUAUUACCAAGUAUUUCUACUCAGUGAAAGUGUUCGCGGGACAGGAUCCUGCCUCGGUUUGGGUCGGCUGGGUAACACCAGACUAUCACUACUACAGCAAAAACUUCAGCCUGAGCAAAGUCCGCACUGUAACCGUGACUCUCGGGGAUGAGCGGGGUCGUGUUCACGAGAGUGUAAGGAGAAGUAACUGCUACAUGGUGUGUGCUGGAGACAUUUCUACUAGCGCUUCUGGACGCAGUAAUACUGACCUGACCAUCGGCUGUCAUAUUGACCUGGCGUCUGGCCUUGUCUCGUUCACUGCCAAUAACAAGGAGCUGCCUAUUGCAUAUCAGGUUGAGCCGAACACAAAACUGUUCCCGGCUGUGUUUAUUCAGCCCACAAGCUCCAACCUGUUUCAGUUUGAAUUUCCAAAGAUCCAGGACGCCAUGCCCCUGUCUUCAGCUAUUUUCAAAAGCCUGAACAGGAAUCCUGAGCCUCAGUGCCCUCCCAGACUGGAUGUGCAGACCAUUGUUGCAGUUUUGUGGAGCAGGAUGCCCAAUACGUUCCUGUCGGUGGAGACGGCUCGGGUCAGCGAGAGGCAUGGCUGGGUGGCGCAGUGUCUAGAGCCGCUGCAAAUGAUGGCGGUUCACAUUCCUGAAGAAAACAGGUGCAUCGACAUCAUGGAGCUCUCUGAGAACGAGGACCUGCGACAGUUCCACUACCACACCCUAAAACUCUACUGUGCUCUUUGUGCUCUGGGAAACACUCGCGUGGCCCAUGCCCUUUGCAGCCACCUCGACCAAUCACAGCUCCUUUACACUAUUGACAAUCAAUACCUGACCGGGCAGCUGCGUGAAGGCUUUUACGACGUCCUGAUCAGUAUCUACCUGGAGACAGCAAAAGAAGCCCACUUGAUGAUGAAGAACGAGUUCAUCAUCCCCAUCACAGAUGAGACACGCAGCAUCUGCCUCUUCUCCGAUGACUCCAAGCGCCACACUCUGCCUGGCAUAGGCCUGAGCACGUCGAUAACCCCUCGGCUCAAUUUUACCCCGCCGUGCUUUAUCAUUACCAAGCGUGAACACGCUUACAGUCCACAGAUCCCACUGGGCAUCCUGAAAGAGAAGGCUAUCAGCAUGCUAACGGAGGCGGUGCAUGGCGGAGGGGCACAUAUCCGAGACCCCGUAGGGGGCAGUGUCGAGUACCAGUUUGUCCCGAUUCUCAAAUUGAUUGGUACUCUGCUGAUUAUGGGAGCUCUGACUAGUGAGGAAGUGAGGCUCAUCCUGCUGCUCAUUGAACCCAAUGUGUUUGGGGAGAGCAAGGAGGAGGAGGUGGCACCUGCUGCUGCAGAGGAACCAGCUGAGAAGGAGGAGGCCAGUAGUAAUGAGGAGAAAGCUGUGGAGGCCGGAGAAGAGGAGAGCAAGGAACACAAGCAGCCACCAAAAGGACUGUUGGAGAAGAGCCUACCUGAGUCAGUCAAACAUCAGAUGUGUGAACUGCUGCAUUAUUUCUGUGACUGUGAGCUGAAGCAGCGUAUAGAGGCCAUUGUCGCUUUCUCUGAUAUAUUUGUGGCCAAGCUGCAGUACAAUCAGAAGUUCCGCUACAACGAACUCAUGCUGGCGUUCAACAUGUCGGCUGCCGUCACCGCCAAGAAAACCAAGGAGUUCCGCUCUCCUCCCCAAGAGCAGAUUAACAUGCUCCUGGACUUUAGUACUGGUGAGGAUUGUCCCUGUCCUGAAGAAAUCCAAGAGGAGCUUCAUGCCUUCCACGAUGAUCUGCGACUACACUGCGGUAUUCCCGUGGAGGAAGAAGAGGAGGAACCAGACACAUCCAUCAAAGGUCGUCUUCUCUCCUUGUUAUACAAAAUUAAAGGUCGUCCACAGAAAACUGAGGAAGAACCGUCUGAGCAGGUUCAGGCAGCUCCUACUAACCUGAAGGAGCUGAUCUCACAGACCAUGGUGACCUGGGCUCAGGAAUGCACCAUUCAGAACCCAGAGCUGGUGCGCAGCAUGUUCAGUCUGCUCAGGAGACAGUACGAUAGCAUCGGUGAGCUGCUGCGAGCCAUGAGGAAAAGCUACACCAUCAGUGAGAAGUCCGUACAGGAUGCCAUCAACCUGCUGGCCUCUCUGGGCCAGAUCCGCUCGCUGCUCAGCGUCCGAAUGGGGGUGGAGGAGGGCCAGCUGAUGAUCGAUGGACUGGGGGACAUUAUGAAUAACAAAGUGUUCUAUCAGCAUCCAAAUCUGAUGCGGGUACUGGGCAUGCACGAGACGGUCAUGGAGGUCAUGGUCAAUGUGCUAGGAGGAGGCAAAUCUAAGGAAAUUGCUUUUCCAGAAAUGGUUGCCAGUUGCUGUCGCUUCCUCUGCUACUUCUGCCGCAUCAGCCGGGAGAAUCAGAAAGCCAUGUUUGAACAUCUCAGCUACCUACUGGAGAACAGCAGUGUCGGACUGGCUUGUCCAGCCAUGAGGGGGUCCACUCCGCUCGAUGUGGCUGCAUCCUCAGUGAUGGACAACAACAGUCUGGCUCUGGCUUUAGAAGAACCAGACCUGGAGAAGGUUGUAAUGUACCUGGCUGGCUGUGGGCUACAGAGCUGCCCGAUGCUGGUAGCAAAAGGAUACCCGGACAUCAGCUGGAAUCCAAUAGAAGGAGAGCGGUACCUGUCCUUCCUCCGAUUCGCUGUCUUUGUCAACGGUGAGAGCGUGGAAGAGAAUGCCAACGUGGUGGUGAGGCUGUUGAUCAGGCGUCCCGAAUGCUUUGGCCCGGCUCUGAGGGGUGAAGGUGGACAGGGUCUGCUGGCUGCCAUGCUGGAGGCCAUUAAGAUAUCUGAGGAUCCUGCUCUUGAUAUGCCCACACCUCCUGAAGCAGGAGCACCAGUGACUGAGGAUGCUGGAGAGGAGGAAGAGGUGGCACAUAUGGGCAACUCCAUCAUGUCCUUCUACUCUGCCCUUAUUGAUUUGCUGGGUCGCUGCGCCCCUGAGAUGCAUUUAAUCAACACAGGCAAGGGUGAAGCUUUGAGGAUCCGUGCCAUCUUGCGCUCUUUAGUGCCUACCAAAGACUUGGUGGGCAUCAUCAGCAUACCACUUAAAGUGCCAGUGCUCAACAAAGACGGCAGCGUAACAGAGCCAGACAUGAAUGCCAGUUUCUGUCCAGAGCACAAGUCACCAAUGGUGCUGUUUCUGGACCGUGUGUAUGGUAUAGAGGACCAGAGCUUCCUGCUUAACCUGCUUGAGGUGGGCUUUCUGCCAGACCUGAGGGUCUCAGCCUCUCUGGAGAUGGAGGUGUUGAGAACUACUGAGACAGCGCUGGCCCUGAACAGAUACAUCGGCUCGGCCGUGCUGCCGUUGCUGACGCGAUGUGCGUCACUGUUUGCUCAUACUGAGCACUACGGUACGCUGAUGGACUCCACGCUGCACACGAUCUAUCGGCUGUCCAAGGGACGCUCGCUCACCAAGGCCCAAAGAGACUCCAUUGAGGAGGGCCUGCUUGCCAUUUGCAAACAUCUGCGCCCCUCAAUGCUGCAGCAGCUCCUUCGCAGCCUGGUCUUUGAUAUUCCACAACUGUCUGAAUACUGCAAGAUACCUAUAAAGCUUCUGACCAAUCACUAUGAGCAGAAUUGGAAAUACUACUGCCUGCCCUCUGGCUUGGGCAACAUGGCAUCGGAGGAGGAGCUUCACCUGACCAAGAAACUCUUCUGGGGCCUUUUUGAUGCCCUUUCUCAAAAGAAAUAUGAUGCAGAGCUUUUCAAGAUGGCCAUGCAGUGUCUGAGUGCCAUAGCUGGAGCUCUCCCGCCCGAUUAUGUGGACAUGAGCUCGAGCACCACUCAGGUGAAGGAGGUCUCUGUGGAUGCUCAAGGAAACUUUGACCCCCAACCAAUCAACACUGCCAACAUUUCACUGCCGGAAAAACUGGAUUACAUUUCCAACAAGUACGCUGAGCACUGCCACGAGAAAUGGUCUUCUGAAAAGUUUGCACUAGGUUGGACUGCAGGUGAAAAAGUGGAUGACCACACCAAAAGUCACCCUUUGCUAAAACCGUACAAAUCUCUGAGUGAGAAGGAACGAGAGACCUACCGCUAUCCAGUGAAAGAAUCUCUGAAGAGCAUGUUGGCCAUGGGCUGGACCAUCGAGAGGACCAAAGAAGGGGAGGCCAUGUUCCAGCAACGUGAAACAGAGAAACAGCAAAAAAUUUCAGAGUCUUCACAGGGAGAUGGAUUUCACCCAGCGCCUGUAGAUUUAGAUAAUGUAACGUUAUCUAGAGAGCUACAGAGUAUGGUGGAGAUUGUAGCAGAAAAUUACCACAAUAUCUGGGCAAAGAAAAAGAAAAUGGAACUAAACAGCAAAGGAGGAGGCACACAUUCUCUCUUAGUAUCGUACGAUACUCUAACAGCAAAGGAGAAGUUCAGAGACAGAGAUAAAGCUCAGGAGCUUUUCAAGUUCCUGCAGAUAAAUGGAUAUGCCAUCAGCAGAGGUCUGAAAGACAUCGAGCAUGAUUCGUCCUCUAUGGAGAAGAGGAUAGCCUACAAGUUCCUCAAGAGACUGCUAAGUUAUGUGGACUCAGCCCAAGAAUUCAUAGCCCAUCUGGAGGCCAUGGCCAGCAGUGGAAAAACAGACAAAUCUCCUCAUGAGCAAGAGAUUAAGUUCUUCGCCAAGGUGCUGCUGCCAUUGCUUGACCAGUACUUCAAGAACCACUGUCUCUAUUUCCUGUCCACUCCCAGCAUCAGCCUGAGCAGCAGUGGUUACGCUUCUAACAAAGAGAAAGAAAUGAUCACCAGUCUCUUCUGUAAGCUGGCAUCACUGGUCAGACACAGGAUUUCUCUCUUUGGAAGUGACUCCGCUACAAUGGUGAGCUGCCUGCACAUCUUGGCACAAUCACUGGACUUUAGGACAGUCAUGAAGUCUGGCUAUGAGCUGGUGAAGGCUGGAGUCAGGACAUUCUUCGAGAACGCUGCAGAAGAUCUGGAGAAGACUGUGGAGAACCUGAAACUGGGCAAGAUGGGCCAGUCCCGCACCCAGAUGAAAGGAGUGGCACAGAUCAUUAACUAUACCUCAGUUGCCCUGCUGCCUAUUCUUACUGCCUUGUUUCAGCACAUCACUGAGCAUCAGUUUGGCGUGGACCUGCUGUUGGAUGACGUUCAGCUGUCGUGUUAUCGCAUUCUGACCAGUUUGUACUCUCUGGGAACUGGCAAGAACAUUUACGUUGAGAAGCAGCUUCCUGUGCUGGGGGAGUGUCUGGCCACACUGGUGGGAGCUAUGCCUGUGGCAUUUCUGGAGCCUGAUCUGAACAUGCAUAAUCCUCGUUCUGUCUUCAACACCAAAACACCACGAGAAAGAGCAAUUCUGAGCAUGCCUGACACCGUUGAGGAGAUGUGUCAUGAGAUGCCGCGUCUGGAGGGUCUGAUGAGCGACAUUCAUGACAUCUCAGAGUCCGGGGCUCGUUACACAGAGAUGCCCCAGGUGAUCGAGGUUGUUUUGCCCAUGCUGUGUAACUAUCUUUCCUAUUGGUGGGAAAAGGGGCCUGAGAACCAACCGAGCCAUGUGAGCUGCUGUACCACUGUCACCUCUGAGCACCUGAGCCUCAUCCUGGGCAACAUCCUCAAGAUCCUCAACAACAAUCUGGGCAUUGAUGAAGCGUCCUGGAUGAAAAGGCUUGCAGUUUACACACAGCCGAUCAUUAGCAAGGCAGGAGCGGACCUGUUACGAACCCACUUCCUGCCCACCUUGGAAAAGCUGAAGAAGAAGACGGUGAAGGUGGUGUCUGAGGAAGAGCAGCUGAGAGCCGAGAGCAGGGUCGAUACCCAGGAGGCCGAGCUGCAGAUUCUGGAUGAAUUUGCUGUUCUUUGCAGGGACCUGUACGCCUUUUACCCCAUGCUCAUCCGCUACGUGGACAAUAACAGGUCCAAAUGGCUGAAGGAACCUGACGCAGAUUCAACCGAACUUUUCAAAAUGGUGUCGGAGAUUUUCAUCCUCUGGUGUAAAUCUCACAAUUUUAAAAGGGAAGAGCAAAACUUUGUGGUGCAGAAUGAAAUCAACAACUUAGCUUUCCUCACUGGAGACAGCAAGACCAAAAUGUCAAAGUCCGGAGGUCAGGACCAGGAAAGGAGAGGAAAGAAGAGAAAAGGAGAACUGUACUCCAUCCAGACGUCCUUAAUUGUGGCGGCUCACAAAAAACUGCUGCCCAUUGGCCUGAACAUGUGCACCCCUGGAGAUCAGGAGCUUAUCUCAUUGGCCAAGAUUCGCUACAGUCUGAAAGACACAGACGACGAGGUGAAGGAUCAUCUGAAGCAGAACCUCCAUCUCCAAGAGAAGACUGAAGACCUGGCGGUGCAGUGGCAGCUGAAUCUAUAUAAAGACGUGGUGGUGAAAAGUGAGGAGCCGCCGAACACCGAUCACACUAUUGAUCGAAUCCAGGGAAUCUCAGCUGCUGUCUUCUAUCUUGAGCAGGUGGAGCAGCCUUUGAGAUCUAAAAAGCUGGUAUGGCAGAAGCACCUGUCUAAACAGCGCAAGCGGGCGGUGGUUGCCUGCUUCCGCAUGGCACCACUCUAUAACCUACCAAGGCAUCGCUCUAUUAACCUCUUCCUCACGGGCUAUCAGAGACUUUGGAUAGUAGCAGAGGAGUACUCUUUUGAGGAGAAGCUAGUACAGGACCUGGCAAAAACACCAAUGGCUCCGGAAAAAGAAGAGGAGGAAGCCGAGGCUGAAGUUCAGCCAGACCCUCUCAACCAGCUCAUCCUCCACUUCAGCCAUAAUGCGCUGACUGAAAGAAGUGUCCUGGAUGAAGAUCCUUUAUACAUUGCGUAUGCAGAUAUGAUGGCAAAGAGCUGUGCGGAAGAUGAAGAAGAAGAGGAUGAAGAAAAAGAAAAGACAUUUGAGGAAAAGGAAAUGGAAAAGCAAAAGAUCCUGUACCAGCAAGCCAGGCUGCAUGCUCGAGGAGCGGCCGAGAUGGUGCUUCAGAUGAUCAGUGCUAGCAAGGGGCGACUAGGCCCCAUGGUGACCUGCACUCUGAAGCUUGGCAUCUCUAUUCUCAACGGUGGCAAUGUGGUCGUUCAGCAGAAAAUGCUGGACUAUUUAAAAGAGAAACGAGAUGCUGGAUUUUUCAAAAGUUUGUCUGGACUCAUGCAGUCUUGCAGUGUGCUGGAUCUGAAUGCGUUUGAGAGACAAAAGAAGGCAGAAAGCCUUGGAAUGGUGACAGAAGAAGGGUCAGUCAACGUGAGUGAGCGGGGUUCCAAAGUACUGCAAAAUGAUGAAUUUACGAAGGAUUUAUUUAGGUUUUUGCAGCUUCUUUGUGAGGGCCACAACAAUGAUUUCCAGAACUUCUUGCGGACCCAGACAGGAAAUACAACCACAGUUAACAUCAUUAUCAGCACAGUGGACUACCUGCUACGUUUACAGGAAUCUAUAAGUGAUUUCUACUGGUAUUAUUCUGGAAAAGACGUCAUUGAUGAACAAGGUCAGCUGAACUUCUCCAGAGCCCUGGCAGUAGCUAAGCAGAUCUUUAACUCACUGACUGAGUAUAUCCAGGGUCCAUGCAUUGGGAAUCAGCAGAGUUUGGCCCACAGCAGGUUGUGGGAUGCUGUCGUUGGAUUCCUGCAUGUCUUUGCCAACAUGCAGAUGAAACUAUCGCAGGACUCCAGCCAGAUUGAGCUGCUAAAGGAGCUGAUGGAUUUGCAGAAGGACAUGGUGGUCAUGAUGUUAUCUCUUCUAGAGGGUAACGUAGUGAAUGGCACAAUUGGAAAGCAGAUGGUGGACACAUUAGUGGAAUCUUCAAGUAACGUUGAAAUGAUACUCAAGUUCUUUGAUAUGUUCCUCAAGCUGAAGGAUCUUACUACCUCCGACAACUUUAAAGAAUACGACCCCGAGGGGAAAGGAAUUAUCUCUAAAAAGGAGUUCCAGAAAUCAAUGGAGAGCCAGAAGCAGUACACCCAGUCUGAGAUUGAGUUCCUUCUCUCUUGUGCUGAGGCUGAUGAAAACGACAUGUUCAACUACAUGGAGUUUGUGGAACGUUUCCACGAACCGGCCAAGGACAUCGGCUUCAACGUGGCCGUCCUGCUCACCAACCUGUCCGAACACAUGCCUCACGAUUCCCGUCUGACCACCUUCCUGGACCUGGCUGAGAGCGUGCUCAGCUACUUCGAGCCCUACCUGGGCCGUAUCGAGAUCAUUGGCGGCGCCAAGAGGAUCGAACGCGUCUACUUCGAGAUCAGUGAAUCGAGCAGGGAGCAGUGGGAGAAGCCUCAGGUCAAAGAGUCCAAGCGGCAGUUCAUUUUCGACAUGGUCAACGAGGGGAGCGAGAGCGAGAAAAUGGAGCUGUUUGUAAACUUUUGUGAGGAUACGAUCUUUGAGAUGCAGCUGGCUUCUCAGAUAUCCGAGCCAGGGGCGGCGGAACGGCCUGAAGAGGAGACUGAAGAGCCGCACAGUGUGUUAGAUGAGCUUUCGGAGGAGGAAGAGCAAUCCCUCGAGUCUGCUUCAGCUUUCACUGUCGCCUACACCUCUAUGAAGAAGAAAGUGUCAAAUUUCUGGGAAAUGUUGACUUUCAAGAGCAUGCGGAAACAGUUCAAGAAAUUCAAGAAACUUACCAUUAGAGAGAUGAUCACAGGGUUCUUCUCCUUUUUCUGGAUGCUCUUUACCGGGUUCUUCAAAUGCAUUUUUGGCUUUAUCUUUGGAUUUUUCCAUAUCAUCUGGUCUUCAAUGUUUGGAGGAGGUCUAGUGGAAGGAGCUAAAAACAUAAAGGUAACAGAUAUCUUGGGAAACAUGCCAGAUCCUACACAGUUUGGAAUUCAUGGAGACGUGGUAGAGCAUGAGAAAGCAGAGAACGGUGAUCUGGUGGCAUCUCCAGAUAUGGUUCAGAUGGUUGGCGCAGCAGACAAACUGGAGACUGAUAACAUUAUAGAUCUGAUAAGUCCACCGGCUAAAAGAGAAGGGAAGCAUGGAGCGGAGCCAGGACUGGGGGAUGUCUCAGAGAUCGUCACAGAAGCCAGUCCACCAGUCGAAAAGAAAAAGCACCAGAAAGCUGCUCCAGAGGAGUCAGAACCUGAGAAAGCUGACACAGAGAAUCGUGAGAAAGAGGAUAAAACAAAAGAGGAGAAACCUGAAGAGCCAGUCGUGGAGGAGAAGCCAGCAUCAAGGAGGCGCCGUGGUCCACCAAAAGAUGAACCUCCAGCGUUAAUGACUACUUUCUUUGCUGUGCUGGAAGUCUAUAAGACCAAGAUGCUGAACUACUUGGCUCGUAACUUCUACAACCUCAGAAUGCUGGCACUGUUUGUGGCGUUCGCCAUCAACUUCAUCCUGCUCUUCUAUAAGGUAUCUGGUGAAGUUGACGAUGACGAUGAUGAAGAGUCCUGGGGUGGUGACGACGACGAUGAGGAAGACGAUGAUGUAGAAUUCUACGUGCUUCAGGAGAGCACUGGUUACAUGGCGCCCACCUUAACCUUCCUGGCUGUACUGCACACCGUCAUUUCCUUCCUCUGUGUUGUGGGAUAUUACUGCCUCAAGGUGCCAUUGGUGGUGUUUAAGAGAGAGAAAGAAAUCGCGAGGACGCUGGAGUUUGAUGGCUUGUACAUCACUGAGCAGCCGUCUGAUGAUGACAUUAAAGGACAGUGGGAUCGUUUGGUCAUUGCCACUCCGUCAUUUCCUAAUAAUUACUGGGACAAAUUUGUCAAGAGGAAGGUCAUCAAUAAAUACGGGGAUCUGUACGGAGCCGAGCGUAUCGCUGAACUUCUGGGUCUGGAUAAGAGUGCACUCGACUUUGAUCCCACUGAGGAAGCUGUGGUGAAAGAGGCCUCACUGCUGUCCUGGUUGAGCUCGAUUGAUACCAAGUACCACAUCUGGAAAAUGGGAGUUGUUCUAACUGACAAUUCUUUCCUUUACCUGAUCUGGUACACCACCAUGUCUAUUCUGGGCCAUUACAACAACUUCUUCUUUGCUGCUCACUUGCUGGACAUCGCCAUGGGCUUCAAGACCCUGAGGACCAUCCUGUCCUCCGUAACACACAAUGGCAAACAGCUGGUGUUGACUGUGGGUUUACUGGCAGUGGUGGUUUACCUCUACACCGUGGUGGCCUUUAACUUCUUCCGCAAGUUCUACAACAAGAGCGAGGAUGAGGAUGCACCUGACAUGAAGUGUGAUGAUAUGAUGACUUGCUACCUGUUCCACAUGUACGUGGGUGUGAGAGCUGGUGGAGGUAUCGGUGAUGAGAUCGAAGACCCAGCCGGAGACCCUUACGAGCUUUACCGCAUUCUCUUCGACAUCACCUUCUUCUUCUUCGUUAUUGUCAUCCUGCUGGCCAUCAUUCAGGGUUUGAUAAUUGACGCCUUUGGUGAGUUAAGAGAUCAGCAGGAGCAGGUGAAGGAGGAUAUGGAGACUAAAUGCUUUAUCUGUGGAAUCGGGAAUGAUUACUUUGACACCACACCUCAUGGUUUUGAGACCCACACCUUACAAGAGCACAACCUGGCCAACUAUCUAUUCUUUCUGAUGUAUCUCAUCAACAAAGAUGAAACUGAACACACAGGACAGGAGUCGUACGUGUGGAAGAUGUAUCAGGAGAGGUGCUGGGACUUCUUUCCUGCUGGAGAUUGUUUCCGCAAGCAAUACGAGGACCAGCUGGGCUAGACGAAACAUCUACUGUUCUGUGCCCAAGUACAAAUGACACUACAAACACCAACCUGAACUAGAACCUGAAAUAAGACUGAACUCAUGCUGCUGACCAUUCAUUCAAAAAUACUGAGAUUACUCAACUCUACAGGAUGUAAACAAUCCCUUUUAGGACUUGUAGCCCUAAAUGUGAUGUAUAAGACUAUGAAAAACAUACAGUGCCAAAUUCCAAACUGCCAAUGAAUAAUCGUGUAUGUUUUUAAAGACUUUAUUUUGAAUGUUUCUUUGCCUGUUCAUCCACAGCACAUCACAUGGAAGGAACAUUUAAUCCAGAAACACAGAUGGUUUAAACCCAGAUGUAACAGCUACUAUCUAUUAAGACUGAAAUCUUCCUCAGACAGCCUGAGUGAAUGAACUAAUAUGCACAAAUCUUUUUUUUCUUAUUUGUAAACGUUUAAUGCCGUUUAACAUGGCAAACCAACAGCCGAUAUGCAGAAAACUAAACUUCGAACCAGUUCUAUUCUUCAAAAGUGCCUUAUGUUGAAAACUAUGCAAAUCAUUUUGUUCUUCUCAUUAGUAGCUCGCAUGUGUUUUGGUUUGGAAUAUGAAACAAAAGGCGUCUUUAGUGCAGCAGUCGAGUCUGUUUGGUGUAAAUGCAGAGCUGCUGCUAUGCUUGGUUGAUUUCUUUUGAAGAGUAAAAAACACAUCUACAUGCUUACUUGAUCUCCCUUGGCAUUACAGUAAAACUACACAUUAGAACUCAGUUAUGAAUCAUUAGCUUUAUGAGCGGUUGUAUGGAAGCUUUGAUGAAUUGUAAUUCAUUUGGAGAGAAGGACAAUAAAGUAAUGAAUGCAAUAA